AGACAACACUGAGAGAUAGAGGGAGAAAGAAAUAUAUAUAUAUAUAUAGAGAGAGAGAGAGGCUGCAUGUAUAUAUAUAGGGAGAGGGAUAUCUGGUGGUUGUUUUCAUCAGAGCUCCUCACAGACAGACAGACAGACAGACAGACAGACGGAGGCAGAGCAGCAGUAAUGGACUGAGGAUGCACAAUGGAGCAGCGAGCACACCGUGUUUAAUUGCGGAUUAGAGGAGGAGGAGGAGGAGGAAGAGGAGGAGGAGAGAGCACAACAAGGAAGGAGAGGAGACGCUUCUUUAUUAUUGGGAGAAAAGCAGCCGAGGAGGAGGAGGAGGAGGGGAGACACACAGACAGCGUCUCUGAGCACCGGAGAGACGGAGCAGACCAGACCGUGGCGGGGGUGACGGUGACGGUGACGGGAGAGAGGAGGAGGACACCGACACCGACACCGACACCACCGACAGCCGGCGGCGUCGCUCGGAUGGUUGUGUUGUUGUUGUUGUUGCUCCGGACGCGGCGACGAUGCGGCCACACUGCUGGGUGAUGGUGGCGCUGGCGGGGACCAUGUCGUACUUCAGCCCGGAGAGAGCGCUCGGAGCCCCGCAGAGAGAAGUUUCUCAGACCAGGGCUGCGUCCCUCUCUCCUCCACCCUACGUCGUCAUCCUCAUCUCUUGCUCUGGGCUCGUCUCUUUCGUCCUGCUGCUCCUGACCUGCCUGUGCUGUAAGAGAGGAGGAGUGGGGUUCAAUGUAAGUCUUCAACAUGAGUUUGACAAUGCAGACGGGGAGGAGUGCUCUGGAGGCUCCAGUCCCAUCCAGGAGGACAGCCUGUCGUCAUGUCAAUCCCUCCCUGAGGUCUACACCUUGCCCAUCAGAGAGAGGCCCAGCUGCCCCGCCCUGCAGGACGGAGCAGACUGCAAGUCUAAGUGCUUCAAAAGACACACUUUAAACUAUCUUCAGGAGAUAGGGAAUGGCUGGUUUGGAAAGGUGAUCCUGGCUGAAGUGCUGUGUGAAUGCAGCUCCUCUCAGGUCGUGGUGAAGGAGCUGCGUGUCAGUGCCAGCCCUCUGGAGCAGAGGAAGUUCUUGGCAGAGUCUGAGCCGUACAGGAGCCUGAAACAUCCCAACAUCCUUCAGUGUAUGGGGCAGUGCAGUGAGAACAUCCCCUUCCUCCUGGUUAUGGAGUUCUGUCAGCUGGGUGACCUGAAGAGGUAUCUGAAAGCCCAGCGCAGGUCAGAUGGGAUGACCCCUGACCUGCCGACUCGGGAUCUCUUUACUAUCCAGAGAAUGGCUUUUGAGAUCACCUCCGGUCUGCUGCAUCUCCAUGAAAACAACUACAUCCACAGUGAUCUGGCUUUAAGAAACUGCCUGCUGAACUCAGACCUCACUGUUCGGAUAGGCGACUAUGGCCUUUCACACAACCAUUAUAAGGAGGACUAUUACCUAACUCCAGACAAGCUCUGGAUCCCACUGCGCUGGAUUGCUCCUGAGCUGCUGGAGGAGUACAGAGGAUCCCUCAUCGUUACUGACCAAACCAAGACCAGCAACUUGUGGUCCUUGGGGGUGGUUAUAUGGGAGCUGUUUGAAUUUGGCUCUCAGCCCCACAGACACCUGAGCGACGAAGAGGUGCUGACCUUCGUCAUUAGGGAGAGACAGAUCACCCUGGCACAGCCCAGACUCAAACUCUCCCAUGCAGACUACUGGUAUGAGAUCAUGCAGUCCUGCUGGCUACCUCCAUCUCAACGCCCCUCUGUAGCAGAGAUAUUCCUCCUCCUCUCCUCCCUCCUGGCCGCUGAGCGGGGAAUGGCGAGGGGGAGUGUCGGGGAAGAAGAUGAAGAGGAUGAGGAGUAUGAGGAGGGCAGGGGAAGGAGAGGGGAGAGCGAGGAGUCGUUUGAAAGACGCUGGGACUUACUCCGUCCACCUGCCUUCCAGACUGCUGCAAACGAGCGGCAAAGGGAGAGAGAGUACGGCAGGGAUGACAGAGACAACUCCUACCCCCUGCUGGACCCUGUGGGGAACUGUAUCACCCCGUCCUCGUCUGAACUGGAUGACAUCCUGACAGUCACUGAAACCAGCAAAGGCUUGAACUUUGAGUAUUUCUGGGAAAAGGCUCACGCCAGACGAGGGUACAAACCUCUCCCUCCACCUCAGCCGAUCCCGACUGUGAACAAUAACCACAGACAGUCUUUGGACACUCCCACUGUGGUCCCAGUGAUAAGCGCCCGCAGCCCCUCCCUCGCCAGCGAGUACUACAUCAGGUUAGAGGAACACACUCCCCAGGACAAGUCGCCAACUCUCAAAGGGAAGUCCUCUUUCCGCUCUGAUUCAAUCUGCCCUGGAGAUAUGGAGUUGGUGGAGAUCCGCAGUGGAAUGCUGGGAAAAGAGCGAGUCCCUUAUUGUUCUUCUGACAAAUGUGGAAAGGGCCUCCAGACUGUCAGAUCAAGCGAGGUUCAACUCCAGGUGCCCAACAUGGGUGUGGCUGAAUUCAGAGACACUUCGAGCAGAGUGACUGACUUUUCAGUCGUCGAUUUAGGAGACGAUGAUGAAGAGGACAGGAGAAGGAGUAGCGAUACAGAUAGAAAAUCCUCCAUGAGCUCUCAAGCCCCGGUCCUUCCUCCCAAGCCUCGCUCUAUGUCCAUGUCGUCAGCCAACCACCUUCACUCGCGCCCCCUCCCCGCCCCUCCACACGGUUACAGAGGACUGCCUCACUACACCAUCGGUGGAAAAAUCGAAACAGACCCCCAUCACAUGAGCAGCUGUCCACCUUCUACAUAUGAUCACCUGGGGCUCCAUAGGUCCCGACAGACUCUACCCCCGUCCCCGUCCCUCUCCCCCUCCCUCCCCCCAUCGAGCCAUCCAAUUUACCCCGUACCUCCUCAAAUGUGUCCCCCGCCCCUCCCUCCCCACUCCAAACCACAGAGAAGCUGCCCCAGCUACAACACAGCAGAGACUUAUUCACGAUACAGCAAGCCACAGAUGCAGAGAUCCAGUAGAGACCCACUAUCCUGUGACUUGUCUGAUAGAGAGGGUGGCAGCAGGCACUUAGCGUCAUUGCACAACUCCAGGGAGUCUUCUCAUUCUCGUGCAAAAGACUUUGACUCUCCCAUUCGUCGAGAAAAUCCAUUGCGCCCAAUUUAUCGCAAUUUACCCCGCCCUCAGCCCACACACCCCCAGAUGGACAGACAGUCUUCAUCCAGUCCCACCUACUCCGAUGAGGAUGACUCUCCCUUCAUGUCCCCUGAGAGACCCACCACUGUCACUCACUCCAGCCUAUCUGAAGACGCAGACCCGGGCUGUGCCGAGCUCUUCUCCAGGGGAAUGAAAAGGACUCAGUCACGCCUUGACACCAUCCUGCCUGCCAUUUGGAGGGAAGACGCCGAACUUCAUGCAGAACGUGUGGCCGCUGCCAAGAAAUCACCCAUGCAUCUGUUUCUGACGGAGAUAUCUAGCGUGGCAGAUUCUAGCGAGUCCAAGACAGAGACUUCAUGGGAGGCAGAGAAGGAGGAGAAAAGAGAUGGAGAGAGAUGGGGGAACUUUGUGUUGCCCAACAGAGGGAUGCGUCGCUCCCAGUCGCUGAUCACAGAGCUGGGGUCAGCAGGACAGUCAUGGGGGCCGGAGAAACGCAACAACAGGACAGGAGCUGAGGAGGACGAUACAGUCACUAAAGAAUCAUUCCAGAGCGAUCUUUUCCUCACAGAGAUCGACACGGGAAGGAUGGACACGGAUCUGGAGGGAGGAUCACAAACUGAUCCAGUAAAAUACCUCUAUCCUUCCGGAUCCAGAUUGCGGCCCUAUGUCUGUGCUCCCGGCCUUCCCUCGUACACCGAGGCUGAGGAAGCCUAUUCAAAGGGUAUACGGAGAUCCCGCUCUCUGCUCUCUGAGAUCACCAUCGGGAAGCAGGAGUCUGACCUGCAGCAGACUGAAAAGGAGCCUCGGAGAACUGAAAUGACCAGGGAGGAGUUCAUGAAGGAGAUCCAAUCAGCAGAGACCUUCCUGACCGAAAUCAUAUCCAGACAAAACGCUGCCGCAAACAGAAAGGAAGCAGACCCAUCUUACUCCCCUACUCCGCUGUCUCCUGAAUACGAGUCCAUAUGCAUUGACCCCGUCUCCGCUCAGACCAUCAGAUUUCAGUCCGAUAGCUCCAUACGAGCCAACAAAGGAAAAGAUGAAGCGCAAACCGAGGCCAUCUACGCCCAAGUGACCAAGCGUGCUAAAAAGAGUGAGAUAAAGGUUUCUAUGAAACCUGAGAUCCCAGUGCUUCAUAUAGGAUCAAAUAAACAACCUCCAAAACAGGACAGCGAAGAAAGCGAUGCCGACCACUGCCAAUCUGGUGAGUUUGUGUUUUCAGAAAUCAUGCCCAAAAAUGGUCUCUUGCACAACCAAACACUUGCAGGUCAGAAAGAAGAGGAGGAGAGUUCAGACGGCCCUGCCUUACCCGCCAGAGGAGAGCAAACAAUCUCUCCUUCUGAAUCCACUCAGAGCGUCAAAGAAUCCAACACUGUGCUAGAGCGAGAGAGCAAAUCGCUAAUUACAAAUGAAACAGAUGCUCAAAAGGCUGCCGUUAUAGGGAACGGUGAGUUAUUGAAAGAACACCCACAAGCCAGCAGCCCUGAGAGAGGAGAGACAGACACCGCAUCAUAUGAUCAUGACAAAGAAAGGUACCACACCAACUCUGAACACAUCACAGCAGCUGAUUUGAAGAAUUUGGGUUCUCAAAAUAACGACGAGACGAAAAGAGAGAAUUUACUUCAACACACCGGGCAAGAAAAUCACUGUCACAUGGCCGAAAAGGCGCCCACUCCUGCUGACAUUCCAACCACUCCAGACUGGGACCCGUCCACUGAUGUCUCACUCAUCACCCCUACCGACUCGGUCCUGUCACCUAUGACUUCUAACUCAGCCGACUGUCUCACACCGAGUGACUCAUGGACAAGCGGCGGAGGAGGAGUGGGAAGUGGCGGGUGGCGAGCUUUGGGAAAUGAAACGCCGCAUCGAGACUCAGCUUAUUUCUCAGACAGCGACUGGGAGGGGGACGGGUUGAACAGGAGGAGCAGUGACGGACUUGUUGCCUCCAGGCCGAGCAGCGGUCGAGGAGGGGAACGGGGAACGCUGACAGGGAUAGAGGAAAAAAUGGAGGAGGAGGGAGAGAUGGGAGAAAAGAGCCCCUUAAGAAAUAGCAUACAGAUGUCAGAUAACAAAGGUGAAGUUGGAGAAACUAUUGAGAUGUUUGAGGAAACGAGAACUCUUUAUCAAUAUGCUCCAGAAACCAUUUCUCAUUUCGGUGAUGACCAAGAUAUUCUAAACAAAGGGCUAGAGUCAACACAGAGAGACGAUUCUGGCAUUUUCCAAAACGAGAGCAAAAAGUCGACACUGCUGAGUGAUGAUCCGCAGGCCAAGGACUGUGUUGACUUAAUUGAUAAGUUGUUCUCAAAAUUAGAUGAAGAGCCACUGAAAGGGCUCCCACACAGCGGUGGGUAUCCGAUAGACAACCACUACACAGAUGGCAUCAUCUCUCAGAUAACAGAUCACAAACACCAGGACUCUGCAGAAAACGAUUUCAAUCGACACUCCAAGAGCCUCACUGAGACAAAUAUUUUGAUCGAGUCUGUAGCUGACAGCGAGUCAAAGGAUUGCAUGUUAAGGCCCAGCAACAAUGAUUACCCAAGUGUUACAGAGACGGAUAUCGAUCUCUCUGCAGUGGACUCCCUCAAAUGUGGAAAUGACACUGUGGAAUCUGUAACAUCAUCCCAAGAUGACAACGGAGAGUCAAGAUUAUCUAAACUGUACGGCAUUCAAACCUGUGACGCCACACUCAGCGAUGAAACCCCGCCAGUAGUCGAGCCAAGCGAUGAUGGGAAUGAUAAACUGAGUGAUCUGACGGGUCCUUCUUGGGCCGAGGAGGGCGGUGAAGAGGCCGAGGGACGUGAAGAGAGGCCCGGUCUGGACCACAACGAGCUGGGCCUGAGAAACCUGCGCUGCUCAGACGGCGGCGAGGACAAGAAGGUCACGACGGAGACAGAGAAACAGCUGGCUGCCGCAGAGCUGAGUAACGCCAUGAAGGAAAAGUCACCCUUGAGAGGAGCAGCGAGUCAGAUGCAAUCUGCUAACAAUGUGGAUAAAGACUCCUGCGAGGGCUUGGAUGUGAAGACUAAAGAGUUAUGGAGCGCUCUGGAGGAGGACGAUGAAAGUACAGGAUCUGGUGUCGUUAGGGGAGAGUUUGACUGCCACCGUUUUUCACAGUCGAGGGACUUACGCUUGUGGCCUGAUGAAAAUGACCAGUGGGCGUCUCCAGAGAGGAGAUGCCAAGACAUCGAGCUGAGAUCUGAAUUUUUCUCUGGGUUCGCUAACAAGGCCUGGGAGGUGGGGGAGAGGCUCGUCGUGGGUCAGGAGUUUUGGGAGACAGAAGAAAACGAUGAGCUUGCAGGAAGUGAGCCGCACCCUGCCGUUUUGGAGGGCUGCGAAGAAACCUGGAACGAUGAAACACAAGGACUCGCUGGUAAUCUCGCCAUGAAGGAAAAGUGGGACGCUGCAGACGGCGAUGACCAACUAGCUGUCGAAGUGGUAGACGUACAACAGGAGGAAAAUAUUGAAAACCUAGGAGAAAUUGUCGGUUUGAACAAAGACAUGAAGAAAGAAAUAUCAGAUGCUGAAGUAGAGAAUAUAGAAAUCCCAGAGCAGGAAUCCUCGGAGCACGGAGAGAGGCAGAUUUCGUCAUGCACAGAGACAGACGGGGACAGGGAAGGCCUGCUAGACUCCACGGAGACAGAGGAAAAUCAAAAUUUUAACAGAUGGCCUAAGAAUCCCCUCUGCGAGAUCCAAAUAGAGGGACAAACAUCAGCUGACGGAGAAACAGGCUCUAAGUUAGAGAACUGCUUCAGUCACACUUCAGAGAGCUCACAUAUAUCUAUUUGCAUCACCGAAGCUCCUCAAGAGAACUUUUCAGACCUAGAAAACGUUGAAUUAGGCGCAGAUUCAGAGGCUGAAAUGAGACCAUGGCUUGCUGAGCAAUAUAUCGAAGAGAGAGUAAGCAUUAUGGACGAAGAAGAGGAUUACAGAGACAUGCCCCUUCCACCCGACCCUAUCUCUUGUCCCAGUGACCUUGAUGUGCAGGAGGAGGUAGAUCAGUCAUAUCCCCCGUUAGACAAUUUCAGCUCAGUAGAUUUUCCCAGCCCUCCACCAAGCAUAGACCUUGAUAUGCAAGAUGAUAAAUUGGAGAGUUUAGACGACUCUUUUCCUAGCCCGCCACCAUCUGUUACAGACGCAGAGGAGUUUAUUAGUCACAUUAAUCUAGAAGACUUUAUUGCUAGCUCUGAGACACAGUCGUAUAUUUCCCCAACACACAACGCAGAUGUCCCAGCAGAGCCACCUCUGCAGGAAUCCCCACCUGCUACAACUCAGAGUAAAGGGAUCUCAGCCAAUCUGAACCUCCCCUCUGUGCAUAUAACACUGGCCGAUGAGAGCAACCUUACACACGACAUAGAAAUACAGGAUGAACAUAAUAAUCUGUUCCAGAAAACAUCAUCCGCCACCCCAUCUUCACCCCAAGUUCCCCUCAACAAUCUCCCAGAAUUACUGAUAUCUGAGUGGAAAGAUUUGGACGAGGAACCCCUGGAGGAUUUUGAAAAGCUGGAGCAACUGUGCUGCAUAUCUGGGGACGAGGAGGACGACCUUUUCCUGGGGAACCUGGAGCUCCUGGAGUCUUUGAAGAAAACACCAGAGCAGAAGGGCGGCAGCGUUGGCGAGAGUGAUGCAGGUGAGGAGACAUGUGGCUCCUCUACUCCUGAGGGGAGCAGGGUGGAUUUAAAGGAGGACAGGAUCUCUGAUAGCUCUGAUGAGCUGGCAGAGUCUGCACAACAUCUGAUCCUGGAUUCUGAAAAGGAUGACGGGAAGAGAUCACCAGGCCAAACAUCUGAUGUCAAAGACCACGGAUCUCUCUCUAAGAUGACAACAAGGAAUGGUCUCAUGAUGCAGGUGUGUGAGGAGAGGCUGCAGUUUUCCCUCUGUGAAAAUGUGAAAACAAAUGUGCUCUGGGGGUCGACUGUUAAAGACUCGGUGACGCUGCGGCCCUGGGGGGAACAAAUCACAGAGAACAGCAGCGAACUGGUCACUGUGAAAGAACAAAAAGAGGAUGAAAGCCAAGAGGAGCUGGAAAAUUCCCCCAGCAUUCAGCCCCACACCGAGUCUGAUGAAACUAAAGCUGAGCCGCUCACUGUGAUUGAACAACCUGAGGUCAAGACGCUUCAGACUACUGCAAAUCAGGCAAUGAAAGCAAAACUAGCUCGUCUGUCUCUCGCCCUCCCUCCUCUCGCUCUGACUCUUCCCCUCACCCCCACGGGUAAAGGAGGAUUUGGGGACGGUCCAAUUGGAAAUCGGAUCGGAAGACGGAGAGGUCUGUCCUCAGGAAGCGACCCUGACGAUGAGGAGGAGGACGAGCAGGAGGAUGAAAGCUCCCGGAGGGUGAUUGUUGUCACAGAAACAGACGUGGACAAACGUGUCGGGCUGAGGAGUCUGCUGAAAUCACCCAAGGAGCCGAUGGACAGAGAGAAGGACAGAGGACGAAAUGUGUCCUUUUUUGAUGAUGUCACAAUCUAUCUUUUUGAUCAGGAAACUCCAACCAAUGAGUUGAGCAACUCAGCGCCCACUAGUCCAGCCCCAGUGUCCGUCAAAAGCACCAAGUUGGAUUUGCGUGGGCCAAACAUGAAGAGCAAAGAAUCGAAAAGGAAAGAGGAUUUAUCAAUCAAACCAAGGUCCACUGUGGGGGCCAAACCAGUGACAUCAUCGCGCUUCACUGUCAGCCCUGCCAACGACCCCCACUUGGUGUGAUGUUAUCGUGGGAACCUUUAGAGCUGAACCCUCUCGGACUGGCCAGUGAAUUAACCCCAACAACCAGCCCAUUCACCCAGAGGCUAUUUUUUUAUUGAAGAGGCAACUGAAAGAAUGAGACUCCCGUUCUAAAAGCUGGACACAUUCCAGGUUUUACCAGCGACAGGAUUUUGUAUGACAGGGGUUGUUGUGCUCCUGCCUGCCACUAUUUACAGAGUUUAUUCAUAGCCUUCAGCUACAAAAGUCUUUGGAAAAGGCAGCAUAUGCUAGGAGAAGAGGAGCCUGGAGAGAUUUGACAGCUAUGCAGUGGGAGUCUUGCUGUGUACCAGCUUACCUUCUCUUUUUCUUCUUCAUUCUGUUGUAUUAUUCCCCAGAUGUGCGGGGAAUGCACUUUCUUUAGUCAUUCAUCCGUCUAUGUAAACACUUGGAUCCCAGUCCUCUCCUCUCUUUAUUAAAGAAGUUUUUCAUUGCA